AUGCUGAGCUUGAGUGGCUUGCUUGUCAUCACAUAUGUUUAUCGCCACACAAUAGUAGCUUCCACUUCAUUUUAUAACAGCUUCAUUCCCGAUUUAGAACCAAUUGAUAUACCUUUUCAACAGCAACAACACCAAGCAUUUCUGUCUUCAUUGAAAUACAAGAAUAGAUAUAAAAGCCUUUCUCUGCAAUACAAUCAGCAAAUAACAGAAAAGAAACAGGUAGAAAAUCAUCUUUACCGGCAUUUGGAUGAUCCUUAUGACUUUGACACAGAGAUCCCCGGUGACACUUGGACAGAGUUACCAGCACGUGGCGUUGUGUAUUUGCUGGUUAGAAAUGAGGAUUUGCCAAAGGUGCGGCUAACUAUGCGGGAGUUUUUAGAUCGCAUGAAAGCAACAACCAACGUCAGGAACAAUACUUAUCCCUGGGUAUUUUUAAGCGCUCAAAAAUUCACACCUGAUUUUAAGAAAUAUGUAAGCAGUAUGAUACCAUCUGAUGAGUUUAAGGGAAGAAGAGUGUUUUUUGGUCAAAUUGAUUUGGAAGCAUGGUCCUCUCCAGAGUGGAUAGAUACUACAAGAACAGAAGAGGGAAUUAUGAAGCAGAUUUUAGCCCAGCAAAGCCUUAAAAAUGUUGAUAGUCUUACGAAGAAGCAAAAAAUGAGAUAUCAGACAGGUCUGUUUUUCUAUCAUCCUUUAUUCGACAAUGUAGAAUAUGUCUUACGGUUGGAGCCAGGAGCAUCUUUUCCGUGCGAUAUCACAACAGAUCCUUUCGAAACCAUGAAGAAGAAAAACAAGAAGCUAGGUAUGCAUUCUUUUUUGAAUUCUUCUUUCAUUUUGCCUGCUCAUGAAACCAUUCACCCAUGGCUAUUCAAUUCUUAUAAUGAAACAGUGCAAUAUAAUUUUUGUCACUUCUCUACUGCAUUUGAAAUGGUAAAUUUAGAUUUUUUGAAAUCAGAACAGUAUAGCAAAUUUUUUCAAUAUCUGGACCUUGUCGGCGGCUUUUUUUAUGAAAGAUGGAGUGAUGGUGCUAUUAGAACUAUUGCUGCCUCUCUAUUUCUACAGAAGGACAACAUCCAUUUCUUCAACAAUAUAGGAUAUAGUUAUGCUAAUACUCAACAUUGCCCUUUCGACAACAAGUCUAUGGAUCAAUGUUUAUGUGACAUGAAGCAAAAUACAAAUUUGAAGAGAAACAGCUGUACUUUGAGUUUAUUGAAGCAUAUAGACACCCAACAACUUGCAAAUAUUAAGCGACUGGUUCUAGACAGAUUACCGGAGAUGAUUCGAUAUAGGAAGAAAAGCAAGACUGUAAAUCAAUAA